GAGGUGAAGAAAAAAAAAAAAAAACCUCGCCCAUCUCAACCCUCUCCGUCUCAUUUCGCUCGCGUCCCCAUCUUCUGCUUCCUCUCCCUCGCGCCCCACCUCCAAACCCUAAUCCCACCGCGGCGCCGGCUCCCCCCCGCCACGACGACGAAGAGGGCGUCGGUGGCGGUAACCUGAUGCCCAGUCGCCCGCGGGGGCCAUGGAUCUCGUCCCCUUCAAGCCCGCGGCCGGAGCCCUCGUCGAGGCGAGCGGCUGGAUCGACGCGGGCGCGAUCCCAGCGAUGGUGGCGGCGCAGCAGGAGAUGCUGCACGCGCAGGUGAACCAACUCCAGCGCCUCGUUGUCGCCCAGUGCCAUCUCACGGGCGUCAAUCCCCUCGCCCAGGAGAUGGCUGCUGGUGCAUUGUCUAUCAAGAUAGGUAAAAAGCCACGGGAUUUGUUGAAUCCAAAAUCAGUUAAGUGCAUGCAGUCACUUUUUGCUUUGAAGGAUACUAUUGGCAAAAGAGAGACCCGUGAAAUUAGCGCACUCUGCGGGGUUACUGUUACGCAGGUUAGGGAGUUCUUUGCAAGUCAACGAGCACGAGUGAGAAAAUUUGUUACCUUGUCUCGAGAAAAAGCUCUGAGAAUAGAAACACCCAACGCACAUGGCAAUGUAUGCUCCAUAACCACUGAGCAGACUCCAAUUGACAUAGAGGCACAUGCUGAAGUUGUCGAACCUCUGAGAAUUUUAGAACCAGUGCAGAUCCCACAAAGCUCUUCACAACCAUCAGAUGUCCCACAGAUCUCUUUGCAACCAAUGGAGGUCCCACAAAGUUGUUUGCAGCCUAUGGACGUCUUGCAGAACUCUUUGCAACAAGCAGAGGUCCAGCAGAACUGUUCAGCCCCUUUCAUGCCCUCAGGAACAAUGGUUAUGCAACCUACUGAUGCUAAGAUUAAUCCAGACUCCGUUCGAAAGGAACCUAAGCAAGAUGAAGUUGUUCCUGGUGUUGACUCAGAAGAUAAGAAGUUCUUGGACAGUAUCUUUGCUCUAAUGUGGAAGGAGGAAACAUUCUCUGGACAGGUCAAAUUGAUGGAAUGGAUUCUCCAAGUAAAUAAUGUUACAAUUCUUAGUUGGUUCUUAACAAUGGGUGGUUUAACCAUUGUGUCAACAUGGUUGAGUCAAGCAGCUAUUGAAGAGCAAACAUCGGUUAUUCUUGUUAUUUUCAAGGUGCUUCUCCACCUCCCAUUACAUAAGGCUUUGCCAGCCCACAUGUCAGUUGUGUUGCAAACUAUUAACAGGUUGCGGUUUUAUAGGACACAAGAUAUAUCAAGCAGGGCCAGGAACCUCCUCUCCAGAUUGAGCAAAGUGCUUGUAAGGAGUCAUGCAUUGAAGAAACCUCAAAAGGAGUUGAUACGUAAACAAAGGAUAAGUGAAAUUCUCCGUGACGAGUCUUGGAAAUCUGAAGUUGAUAUUACUGAGGAGAUCAUUGCCUUGACUGAUGGUGCAAAUGAGAACAGAAAGCCUGAGCCCAGAAAAACUCCAAUGCUUCUCACGGCUUCUGCUGACGAGUCAAAUAAAAAGAGUGCUCCGCCGAAAAAAUCCAAAGAAAAAAGGAAAACUCUACUUGUAGAACAUCCAAAUAAGAAAGCUGCUGGGAAGAAUGUUCAUUCUGUCAGGAGCAUAUCUACAAACAAUAGCAGACCACUAUCUGCAGAUGAUAUCCAAAAAGCAAAGAUGCGUGCCAUGUUCAUGCAGGAGAAGUAUGGCAAGGUUGACACUAGCAAAGUGAGUGAUAAACCGCAGGCAAUGGAAACGCAAAAAACGUCUGGCUUUGUCAAUUCGAAUGUACCACCUGUGCCCAGAAGUCCCCUUACAUCAACCGCAAAAAUACCUGUUGACCCAAGCGCAUCAACUUCUAAACAAAGUGCAGUUCCUCAGCCUGAUAAGCCAGAAACCUCAGGCGGUUUGAAGUUAAACAUAAGUUGUCAAAAAAAUGUUAAAGAGAAGUUGGAUUCCAAGAGAGUUGUUUGGCAGAUACCACCAGCGGUAUGGAUAGACCCCUCGUGGAGUGUAGGUACUGGUGAAAACAGCAAGGAGCUUGAGGUUCAAACUCAGAGAAACCAGCGUGAGAAGGAAACCUUUUAUGCAAGUCAGAAGGACAUCCCAUUGAAUCCAAAGGACCCAUGGGAUCUGGAAAUGGACUCUGAUGACAGCCUGACCCCAGAAAUUCCAAUUGACCAGCCACCAGAUGCCGACACUAUGGAAAUAGAUAGCAUGGGCGCAGCCCCUACUAACACUGCAGCUCCUGUUGAGGACAAGCAAAUUGGAUCAACGUCAUCAACAUCAGUAGCAGUUGCUGCCGGUGCAAAUGGUGCAGCUUCUGAACCAGAUCUUGAGUUGCUUACAGUGCUGCUCAAGAAUCCACAGCUUGUCUUUGCUCUAACAUCUAACACAGGGGAGAGCGUGCCAAGUGAACAGACUGUUGCACUUCUGGAUACACUGAAGCGGACUGGCCUUGGACUUUCAGAGCUGUUGAGUCUAGCGAAUGGUGCUGGGGUUCCAAAAGAGCCUGAACCUGAACCUGAACCUAUUCCUGCUUCACUUCCAUCACCAACUCCUCCAUCGGACCUUACAGCAAGGGCUGAUUGGAGACCAGAAUACCCAACGCAGGUGAAGGCUCCAAACUUGCAGCAAUCACAUUUGUCAAACCGGGAGAAUACACCUAUUGCAAAUACUGUGCAGCAAAGCUUCUCAAAUGUUGUCAGUUCGUUGCCCUCACAACCUUAUGCAUCAGUUUCUGUUUUGCCGGCACAUAUUCAAACUAACGCCCCAUCUCUACCUCAGUUGGCGGUUUCCGUAAAUCCGCCUAUUCAAAAUGUCCCCCCUAUGAUUAACCACCUAAAUAGAGUUUCAGUACAUCAGCAUGCCCAGCAAUAUGCGCUGGCGUCUGAUACUGUUGCUGUGUCCAUCCAUCAGCAGCCAGCGGUGAACAAACCAACCCAUGGACUUCAGAAUAUCUCAAGGCCUGCUGUAGCACAUUCUUCAAUGCUUGAGCCGAAUGCCUCUUAUGCAACACUCCCUUGGGAAUCUAAUGCUGCUCUUGUUACCAACACUGGACGAAAUGCAACGGCUGAUGCAUGGGCUCCCCGCACAACUAAUUCAUAUAAUAUUGCAUCAGCAAACACAGUGCCGUAUGCUAACAAGAAUGCUUACGGUAAUCAAAGUACACAGAGUGCAUACAAUGCUUAUGGUUCUACCUCAGUCUCGUCCCAUGCUCUUCUCCCAGGGCACGGACUGGACAGAAAUGGUAGAAAUGGUUAUAGCCGAUCCGCGGAGUACCAAACUCGGGCACGAGACAGCUAUCACCAACACUCGAGGUCGCCUGAGCUUGGUGCUGGCCGUGACUAUGGUGGCACGCAAAGUUAUACUGAUGAUCCCCAGUCCUUAACGCACUGGAAUGCAGGGCAAGAGAGCUACGUUCCUGAGCCCUCAAGGCAGUUGACUGCAUAUCAGAGCAACACCCCAGCUGAGCCAUCAAGGCAAUGGAGUUACGUGCGUCAGAGCUACACCCCAGCUGAGUCCUCAAGGCAUUGGAGUUCUGCACAGCAGAGCUACACCCCGGCUGAGCCAUCAAGGCAGUGGAGUUCUGAGCAUCAGAGCUACAAUCUUGAGUCCUCAAGGCCUUGGAGUUCCGGCCAGCAGGGUCAGAACCCGGAUACAUUGAGGCAAUGGAAUCAGGGAAAGCAAGAUCAUUACAAUCCGAGUGAUGCUCGAAGAUCAUCUGGUCAACAAUGGAGGAGAUAACGGAAGUUGCAUAUAUUAGCUAGUUCCUGGAGGUUGUUCUUGCGAGCCUUUCUUUGUUUGAUGUGAGGCGAUUCAUUCAUUGAAUUGGGCUUUAUGAUUGCACGAAGGCCACAGAAAAAAAAGCCAUGGAUCGUGUAUUAAUGUAGUUGGAGAUGGGGAAAGAAAAAAGAAGAAGAAACUAAAAGAGAAAGAGGCGCCGGCUCGAAUCAGCCGAAGUCUUUGCUGAAUCGAACGAUGGAUCAAUUUUCUUCCGAAUACAUUUUGCCUCGUUUUGUUCA